AUGACGCCACGUCUCUGUCCCCUGGCAGGAACCCCGGGGGAGUACCCCGACUGGCAGCAGUACGCAGAAUGCCUGACAAGCGACACCCGGUGGAGCACGCAUCUCUCCACCGACAAACUGGUGUACCGACCCGGUGACACCGUCCACAUCCGCGCAGUGCUGCUCCACCCCAUCACGGGGGCGCCGGUGUCAAAGGAGCCGUCUGCUUAUGGAAAGGACGGUACCGUAAAGGUCAUGUCUCCCAAGGGCAGCGUAGAAGCCUCUGUCGCUACGAGUCAGCCAGAGGACAGCGUGGCUUACGCCAUGUGGCGAGUCCCCGAGAGCCUGCCCGGAGGAGAAUACACUCUGAAACUGGAAUACUCUGAAUAUAACCAGAUGAGAUGCAGCCCCUCGGCGGAGAGGAAGAUCCAGAUCCGCAACUUUCGGAACCCGAAGCUGAACGUGAGGGUGGAGUUUCUGGGGAGGGGGUACGGACCAGGAGACGAGGUUCGUGCAAAGGUUUCGGUUACCAGAGCCGAAGGCGGCCACCCUCCCGCCGGGACACGUGUCAAUCUCUCCGCUCGCGUUGAUGGCUGCAGCGUUUACUCCGAAAAGGGCGGCCUCGACGAUUCGGGGGUGUGCUAUACCACAUUCAAACUGCCCCCCAAAAUGGAAAAGGGUUUGGGCUCUCUGAGCGCCAUGGUACGCGACGGGGGCCACGUGGAGAGCGGCAGCAAGACGAUCCCGAUCGUGUUCCAAACGGUGGAUGUAAAGUUCUACCCGGAGGGAGGGCCGCUCGUCCCUGGCCUCGAGAACCGCGUCUACUUCGAAGCGCGCGACCCGAAAGAGGAGCCCCUCGAGGUUGCGGGCGAGGUGUGGGCAGUUGGUGGGAAUGCGCCCCUCGCCACCUUUGCGGCAGUCCACGAAGGCCGCGGCCGGUUCGUGUUCACACCGACCAUCGGCACCUACUACGAGGCCCGCAUCACCAAGCCAAGCGGUAUCACAAAACCGAUCCGUUUGCCGCACGUGGAGUAUCAGGCGAAUCACGGGCUGCCACGUGUCGUCCUGAGAGUGAACUCCCCUGGUGCUGACGUCGAGAUGACCGACGCUGGGACGCCGCAAAACCCCGGGGAUUCCGUUCCCGUUUCCGUCGGGAGUUCCGCUCCGGCGAAGCUGCGUGUCGUGCUGUACAAGCGCGAGGUGGCCCUCAACCGCCAAGACAUCGACAUUUCCGCCGCGAGGGGCUUCCAGCAGGUGUCUCUGUACCCCCCGGGCGCGGAAUAUUCCGGCGUGCUGCGGGCGACCGUCUUCGCGGAGAGCCGCGACAAGAAGUGGACGCCCGUCGCGGAGCGGCUGGUCUUUCGAGCUCCAAUCAACAAGCUCCACGUGGCAGUGUCUGGGGGCCCGGCCCAGGGGGGCGGGGUGGACUGCGUCCCCGGGGGGGGUGCCAAGGUGGAGGUUACGGUAACCGACGCGAUUACCGGGGAGCCGAUUAACGGAGCCGUGGUGGGUUUGAGCGUGGUUGACAACAUUAAUCUGGAACUGGUGGAGCCGCGCAGGCGCGCGCCGCGGCUCCCGUCCAUGGCGCUUCUGGAGAACGAGGUGAAUCACCUCGAGGACUCCGCGGCCUACGUCGACGGCUCAGAUCUGCCCGGCGGCUCAGAUCCAUCGUUGGCCGUCGAUCUUUUGCUUGGCACCCAAGGCUGGCGUCGCUUCCUCUACCUGAACCCCUUGGAAAAGCUGAGGGGGUCUAGUGGUUCCAGCGAAAACAAGGAAAAGUUUGAGCGCGCGGCCGGCGUGCGCGCUCUUGAGUACUGGAACCCCGAAUGGGAGAUGGCUCGCCGUAGCGGCCGUUAUGAAAGCAGCCAGAUCAGAUCAUUGGCCAGGGGUGAGGAGUCUGCGAGAAUCGACCCCACAGACGGAUAUUACGACGGCCUUGAGGAGUCGGAUGUCUGGGAAUGCGAUUCGGAGGAGGACGAUUUCGCGGAGCCCGACGUGGACGAGGACUGGCUGCCUGCUGACGUGGCAGCUGACGUGGCGGCUGACGUGGGCAGUGACGAAGAGGACGCAGGAGCGCAGCCCGAGCCAGCAGAGCGAGCGAUACCGAAGAGACAGAAGCAGCAUCACAUCGUUCCGGUACGGGUCUACGCUCACAGGCGUCCAAAGCAACAAAGCGUGCACGAACGGUCCGACUUCACGGAGACGGUCUACUUCGCCGCGUCCUUAGUUACGGACGCGCACGGCAAAGCGUGCGCCGAGUUUGACGUCAGCGACUCGAUCACGUCAUUCGCCGUCAUCGCCGACGCGCACAAGGAGGUAACGCUCGACCCUGAGACCGGGGCAACCGUUACCGCGUCCCCGACCCAGAAAUGGCGCAACAUGCCGGGCAGCAAGUCGGCCGCCGUGGCCGCGUUCGCGGCAGGGGCCGCGCGGACGGUCCGCACCGUCGCGCUCGGGGCUUCGGACGGCGUUUUCAAGCUCCGGUCGGUGAAGCCGUUCUCGGUCGAUGCCAAGUGCCCCCUGGAGCUGACAGCGGGCGACCGGGUGCUGCUACCGGUCACUCUGGCGAACGCGUCUCUCGAGCGACUCUCGGUCACCGCGCAGGUGGGUGUCCGAGGGCCUUUGUCCCUGGAGGCGAGCCCCCCCGGAGGAAACUCAACCGGGGCCAACACCGCCGGACGCAAGUCAUCCGGACCGGUACCGAUGGACGUCGACACGCCGGGGGCAUCCGAACCGGCCAGCUCAACGGUUCUCAAACAGAGCCUCGACGCCUCUAGAAGUGCCCGGGAGAUCGUUCCGGUCGUGGCCGGAGGUGCCGCUCUCGCGGCCGCUUACAAGAGCAUGACGUCAGACGAGCCGAACCCCCUGCCAAGGGGCUUUGUGACGGUAAACGCCGCCGCGUCGUUUGGAGGGGGUGUCAAGAAAGGAGGGCUGGUUCUCAGGGACGAGAUCAAGAGGGGUUUCGCAGUAACGCCCAAAGGCUUCCCUCAGGAGCAGUCAGCGGGGGGGAUGUUGAAGCCGGGAACGAGGAGCGGAGGAGAGUUUGCGCUGCCGGAAGAUACGCAGCCCGGGAGCGUGGUGACGUCUGUAACGGUGUUCCCGUGUCCGCUGGCCAACUUUGCCCACUCCCUAUCGGCGCUCGUCCGCGAACCGUACGGCUGCUUCGAACAAGCGUCCGCGACCAUAUACCCCAACAUCCUGGCGCAACAGUACUUCAAGACGCAUACUGGCUCGUCACCCUCGCUGGUGGAAAAGUCGUAUACGCUAUUGGGUCAGGGCCUGAAGAAACUGCGCGGCUAUGAGGUGAACGGGAGCGGAGGGUACGAGUGGUUCGGGCAUGCGCCGGCGCACGAGUCUAUGACCGCGUAUGGCCUGAUGGAGUUCGUGGACAUGGCGCAGGUGUACCCGGUCCCCGAGGAUAUGAUCCGUCGCACGCGCGCGUGGCUCCUCAGCCGCAAGGACGACUCCGCGCGCGCGUUCCGCAUCAACCCCCGCCUGCUCGAGCACUUUGGCGGGGCCCCCGCUGACGUCACUAACGCCUACAUCGUCUGGGCGCUGACCACGUGUGUCGCCCAGAGCACAAAGGGCUUGUCGAGUCCCCUGUUCUCCACCUUUUUCCCGCUUGAAACCGACGGUCUCUCUAGGUGCCGAACUGUGGAGAUUACAGAUGGGGACCGGCUCGUUGCCGCACUGAAGCAUGUGGGCUCUACAUCUACCGGACGCGCAUCUGAGGCGUUUCUCUUUUCUCCGCAGAUUGCCAACCUCUUGGAGCAAACGGCGACCAACCGGGACCCUUACUUCACCGCCCUGGUCGCCAAUUCGCUGUACAAUCUGGGCCGCAAGGAGGAGGCCGCCGCGCUGGCUAAAAGACUCGAGAUAUCCCAGAAGGAGGACGGUCACGUCGCCGGCGCCAAGACGUCCAUCACGAGUUCCGGCGGAGAGUCGCUGCUCAUCGAGACCACCGCCCUGACCACGCUCUGCUGGCUCAACGAGUACCAGGUCUUUGGAGGCCGCAUCCGCCGCGCCGUCGAUUGGAUCGCCUCCCGCUGCAACGGCGGCAAGUUCGGCUCCUCCCAGGGGACCGUGCUCGCGCUGAAAGCGAUCGUCGCCUAUGACGUCAUGAUGGCGUCAGAGCGCGCUCCGGGGACCGUUCACCUGCUCGUGGACGGGGAGCGCGUCGAGAGCAAAGCGUUUGAUGGGAAGACGGAGGGGACGAUAGCGUUUGGGGACAUAAGCGCGCGGCUGGCGGCGGACGGGCGUAAGAGGCGGGUGGAGGUGGAGAUGGAGGGUGGCGCGGAUAUGCCGCACGCUAUGCAGGUCUCAUACUACUCGGAGCGCCCCAGCUCCGCGGCCGCGUGCGCUGUAGCGCUAGCGGCCGCGCUGCAGCAGCCGAUCGCCAACGAGGGCGACCUUGUGGACAUUCUUCUGACUGUGGAAAACAAGAAAGAGAGCGAAGCGCUGCCAAUGACUAUCGCCAUUUUGGGCCUCCCAGGGGGGCUCGAGCCGCGCCCUGACCAACUGAGGGAGCUCGUCACGCGGGGCGACGUCGAUUUGUACGAGCUCCGCGGCCGCGACGUCAUCUUCUACUGGCGCACCCUGGCAGCCAAGCAGAAGGUGACGCUGCGCUUGGAGGCGACCGCGGCAGUCCCUGGCGAGUAUGUCGGCCCCGCCUCCCGAGCCUACCUCUAUUACACCGACGAGCUCAAGACCUGGGCGGAUCCCAUCAAGUGCAGCAUCGUUCCCAAGUAG